AGAAACAUGAGAAAGAAGGAACGACUCAUUUGAGCGAAGCAGAGAAAGUCAGAAGAAAUCAAGUGAAACGUGAAGAAAUGAAGGUAAUGGAACUACAAUGUCACUAUAAAUUCUUUGCAAAGUCUCUAAAUUUUUAUUUUGGCAAAAUUUUAGUCCUGAUGAAUUGUACCUUAUAUUUUUCAGAGGGAACUAGCAAGUGUCAAGAGAAGACGACAGGUUACAAUGAUUACAAAUACUCUUUUUAAAGUUAAAAUUUCUGCUAUCGUCUUUGCAAUUUUUAAUACCGUGUUGCACAUGUACACAUGCACCACUUUUAUUCCACAUUUUCAGGAACGAGAGCAAGAAAGAAUGGCCAGAGACGAGGAAAGGGUAUGUUGUUAGCUUUUGAAAAGGAGGAACGACUGAUCGUAGUGUGAGCUCUCCCCACCAGACAAAUCGUGACAUUCCUAAUGAGUAAAAAUAUAAAACGUUUAGGAGAUGAUGCAGAGGGAAAAAGAAGGUGCAUAUUACCAAGAGUGGGAAAAACAAGAAGAUAUGGUAAGCUUGUGAUCGACAAAUUCUGGGAAAUUACCAGCCCAAGUAGUUUGAUAGUAUUUGUGUAGACCACGAGCAGUCCCCUCGGGAGAAAGGAGGGCCUGCCGACAACACAUCCAGAAACGAAAUACGCGUUGCCCCAGGCCUUAAAAUAUCGGUCGGUCACGGACAUUGUCCGAUCCAUUCGUGAAAUUGUCCAACGUAGAAAGAAAACCACCGGACAUUCUGUCCGACGUAAGUGAAACUGAGGUUUAUUGUUUGUCCGACCUGAGUGUAUUUGUGUUCGACCGAACUGUAGCUUUGUCCGACGUAAAUCAAAAUGUACCCUAGCCCAGGACUAGAGACUUGUAUGUUAAAUGGAAAGUCAGAGUACUAUAUUGUAUAAAAGGUGAACUGGAAGUGUUGUUUUAACGUAGUCAAGCGCGGGGAGGCGAGCGAAGGGGAUAAGUAUGAAAGAAAAAAAAUGUAAAAUUUCUUCACAACAUUUACAGUACAGAUUUAAUACAUUGUGCUGAUAUUCAUUUGUGUCAUUCAGACUUAUUUCCGAGUCAAAACUGAACUGAAGGUCAUCGGACAUAUGUCCGACCCAAACUCAAUGUCAUCGGACAUUUUGUCAGACGGCCCUGUGAAAGAUAUUUUAAGGCCUGGUUGCCCACACAACGCAAAAUUCCCAUUGGUCGAAAUCGAUGUGCCUGGCAAUCAAAUCUGAUAUGUAGUAAUUAUGCUAUAAAUAAUUUCCAGACUGAUUGUUGAUUUUAUAAAUAAACAUGGCAUUAACGGUUCCUAUUGGAUAGAUUUAAUUGGAUAUAAGUAAUGUUUAUGCAAAGGCGGAGCCAACUUGAUAAGAGCGAAAAGUGGGCGUACUUCGUUUCUUGAUUUGUUGUCGGCAGACCCUCUUUCUCCUUGCACGCCCGCGAAGCUAAACCUGUAGAAAGGAGGGACCGCUCAUAGUCUAGUAUUUGUGCUGUCAUCCUACGUUUCUUCUCACUGUUAAAGGGAUACGGCAAUAUAUUUUUUUAUUAUUUCAUUUGGAAGAACUUUUAAUUAAAAUUAUAUGUAAAUCUCUUUUGCCGAUUUUGCGUAACUUUAUUAUUUCUUGAGAUAUUUGAACAGAAAAAAUUACAAAUCAGCGAGCUUUCCGCCAUCUUGGAUUUUUGGCGGAUAUGCAUGUGACAUCAUAAGCCCGGUCACGCAAGAGUUUUAUCCAUAGAGCAAUUGGUUAUUAUCAGCCCAAAGUCAUAUACUUCAGUAACUAUUUGAAAUAAAAAAACUGCCUGACGACUUUUCAAACAAGACUUAAUGUUAUUUGGUCAUUUACAUGUAGUUUUAUAUGGCUAACCCUGCUUAUGACGUCACUAAAAUCACCGAUAAUGAGAUAAAAAUUAAUCCAAGAUGGCGGACAGCAAAUUAGUUUAAGUCAAAAUAUUUUUAGAAAUAAUAAAGUUACGCAAAAUCGGUAAAGGAGAUCAACAUAUAAUUUUAAAAGUUCUUUAAAAUGAAAUAAUAAAAAAUAUAUUGCCGCAUCCCUUUAAGCGCAGUCGAAUUAUCAAACGAUUUCAGGGUGUUAGCUUCAGCAAAAAAUUCGGCAUUGUAUGCCGUUUUCACAGUUACAUUUAGCCAGCAAUUUCAAAAAUUUAGAUCAGCAAAAAACGUAAGUUCAACAUAACAAUUUAUUAUAUAGUAGUGAGUGAGAUACUGAAAAAUACACAGUGAGAUAUUUUCCAUAUCUUCACUAGUGAAGAUAUCGAUCACGUGACUUUUUCCAAUUUGCUUUUGAGCAUGAAAUUUCACAAUUUUUUGCUUGGGACUAUAUAAUAAACAGAACAUUACACGGUGGCUUGCGCUCGUUCGUAAAAUAUUGUUUUCACGACUCGAAGAUGAAAGUCCUAUAUAUCUUCGCGCCGCCGUGUAAUAUCCUCUUUAUGCGGAAUUAUACCCAGCUGAUCAAAGAGAAAUGUCGACUACCUUCCAUGACGUCAGAAAACGGGCUAGACCCAGGCUCUUUGUGGUCACAAAAUACGAUUGCGCCGGGCUAUCGAAAGCUAAAUUUAAAACGCCAUAAAAGUCGAACGAUUUGCCUAAAUUUAAAACAUUUUUCACAGAUAUAUAUAUAUAUAUAUAUACUAGAAAUUCUACCGAGAUUAGAUAUCGCAAAAAACCCCACCUUUUUGGGGGUUAUAGGUGCACUUUAAUCUUCUGCCUAAAGCCCUGGGCAAACUAGGAAACGUUGUGGAAACAUUUGUGAUUCUCGAUGUUACCUCAAAUGUUUCCCUGUUUGCCCACCCUUUAGCCUGCGUAGCAGGCUCUAUUUUAUGGGGGAGGGCGAAAACAUUGUUGCGGAAACAAAAUUUGCUUCCCGAGAAGCAAAAAUGUUUCCUAGAAAAUUCAGAAACAUUUGAUGUUUCCCUUGUUUCUCACUAAUGUUUCCUAGUGUUUGCCCACUCUGGGAAACAUGGUGAAACAUUGGCAGAAAACAAUGUUUCCGCAACAAUGUUUCCUAGUUUGCCUAGGGCUUAACACCACCCCGGAUUUUGACACUAUACGUACCUAUAUAUACACUAGUGUACUAGAGGACUUUAGGUUUAACUAUCAUGCAGUAUGACUGCUGUACUUGCACCAAAUUCUUAAUUUUCGCACCAGUUCAUUUAAUUUCUUAUACACUGACACUGCGGUGAAGAAAACAAAUUGUUUUCUUGAGCGGGAUACGAACUCGCACCUUCCUGUACUGUAUCUAGACCGCCUUUAAGAUCAACUUUACAAUAAACACAGAGUUAUACAACGGGAAGUAUACAAUUUUCACAUCAAUUAUUUAACAAAUAUAAAACAUUUUCCGACGUUUCCGUGUUGACAUUGAGUUAUAUCAACACGGCUCUUAGCCAAUCAGCGUUCAGAAUUUACAAAUGCUAUAUUAUAAAAUUAGAAUAAAGUAUAAAGUAAUGAAGUAAGUCAGAUCAAUGAAGAUGAUAUCAUUCAUAUCAUUGCUUGUAUAUAUAAUUCAAUAGUGAGAUUAAAGUGAUAGGCAAGCAAAUAAAGUUCCUAUUUAACAAAUAUAAAACAUUUUCCGUGUUGAUAUACAGUUAUAUCAACACGAGUGGAAAUUGGGAAAACGAGAAAUUUUGUGGAAACACGACUCCUGAAGGGCGGAGUGUUUUCACACAAUUUCGAGUUUUCCCAAUUUCCACGAGUGUUGAUAUAUCUAUAUAUCAAUACGGAAAAAAGUUUUAUAUUUGUUUUAUAAUAUAGCACAAAGAAACGUAAAGAAAGAAAUUUUCCGACGUUUCCGUGUUGACAUUGCGUUAUAUCAACACGGCUCUUAGCCAAUCAGCGUUCAGAAUUUACAAAUGCUAUAUUAUAAAUCUAUCUACUGAGCUACUGAGUCGAAGGGUAAUUGCCACUGGUCCCGGUUCACUGAAUUAGCCAAUCUUGUUCCCCGAGCCUGCGAUCCUCGGGAUAAUCCGUUGCCGGAAGCCAGGAAUCCUGGCUAAGAUUGAACUACGCAUUUCAUUUCAACGGCCAAUCAGAUUCCUCCCUGAAACGGAUUAUCCCAGAGCCUCGCGUUCCUUCCCGAGGGUACGAGUGUUAAAAAGUGCCCAAAUUAAGAAAUGAACCAAAUGACUAAAAGGACCACCUCAAAAUUAGUAUAGAAAGUAUACAAAGUUUGAAGACGUUUACAUGAAUACCCUUCGAAUAAUAAGCUUUCGAAAAUUGUGAAAUUACUGAUUAAAAGAUUGUUUUUGGGACGCGCGUCCCAAAAACAAAAAUUACAAUACAUUUCAUAGUAAAUAUCACGAUUUUCGAAAGCUUAUUAUUCGAAGGAUAUUUAUGUAAACGUCGUCAAACUUUGUAUACUUACUAAUUUUGAGGUGGUCUUUUUAGUGAUCUGGUUCAUUUCUUAAUUUGGGCACUUUUUAACACUCGUCGCCAGUCCUCUCAUCAACUUCGGAAUGGCUAAUAGGUAGAACGGCAGUCUACAUACAUGUACAUGAAGAUGCGAGUUCGAAUUUUCCGUUGUUCAGUUUUUCCUAUCUCGUGGAUGGUGCUGAAAUACUCUGUAUUUCAUUUUCAUGUCUCCAAGUUCUGUCUAGCCUGCGUAGCAGGUGUGCUACGAAGACUAAAUUCUAUCCUGAUUCCAACAUAUUACCUAUAAUUUGAUUUGAAAUAAAUCACUGCAUAUCCCAUUUUUUCCCAGUUCCACAUUGAGCAAGCAAGAAUGAGGUCGAAGAUACGUAUACACGAUGGCCGAGCUAAACCAAUCGAUCUCUUGGCUCAGUAUGUCAACCCUGAUGAAGACAGUCUGGAGUUUCAGAUGCAUGAACCUUAUUCUGUGUUGGUGGUAUGUGAUUGUCAUUUCCUUACUGUUAGGUCAAAGUAAAGAUUAAAGAUUACAAUUACAGUGACUGUCAUACAGGGGCCAGUUGUUCAAAGCUGGAUUAGCGCCAACUGUGGAUUAGAAGUUAACACGCCAUUUUAGUUUGUCAGUAUCUCUACACUUUUGUUUAUUACAAAACUCCAGAAAAGAAAACUCGUAUUAAUCCACACAAGAUAUCUGGAGACACAUUUCCAAGUUUAUAUAAACAAGCUGUUGGGAAUUUGAAUUUUAUGUUAACCUAGGUUACAGUUGAUUUCACGAAACUUUGGCCGCGCCAAUUGCGAGGCUGGUUGGGAAUUUGGGAACUAUAAACACGAGAUCAUCACGUUGAUUGGAAACCGGCCAAUCAAAUUCGGAAGUUUCGCAUCAAAUUAUCGAAAUUCGUUAUGAAAUUCCGAACCAAGUUCGCAAGCAAGUUCGCAAAUUGCAAACGAUUUUGGCG